AUGGCGGUCAAUGGCCAUCGGGCGCCUAAUGGCAUUAACACGACCUUUCCCUCGCCUACCGCUGCUCCUCCACGGGCAUUCUCGAUCGAGGGAUUUCGUGUCCAGACCCAGAAGUUACCGAUCUUGAAGGCCGGACCCAUUGAAGAGAUGACUAAAAUGUUGGGGAUUGCGCCGCCUGAGAUGAUCUUUGGUGACAACCUCGUCACGAUCGAGCAUUCGGCCUCCCAAUGGGGAAUCAAGUUUGACGCGUUCGGAGCUCUAGAUCGUGUUGACAGGACCGGCGAGCGACGGUUGAAGGUGGCCUACUCCCAGGAAUGGCAACAGAGCAGGGAAGAUCAACAUGAUAUCAAAGAAGUCGUAAAGCCAUUCGAUUGGUCCUACACCACUGACUACAAAGGUGACCUUGCUCCGGGGAGCCGGGAAUUCCAGGCUUCUGAAGACCCCAUCCCACUCGAAUUACUCAAGCGACCGGACCCCAUUUUGUUCUUCGACGACGUGGUACUUUACGAGGACGAGCUCGCUGAUAACGGCAUUACGAUGCUCUCCUGCAAAAUCCGAGUCAUGCCUGCACGAUUACUCCUCCUCUGCCGCUUCUUUAUGAGACUUGAUAAUGUUCUUGUCAGGUUGCGAGAUACCAGAGUAUACGUCGACUUUGGGAAGAAAGAGGUAAUCAGAGAAUACAUAGCGAAGGAAGAGGCAUACAGCAAAAUUUGUGACGGUUUGGCAAGCAGAAGAGACGAUGUCACUGCUGUGCUCCGCGACCCAAAUCAGAUGGCCGACCUCUUGCCUGUAGUUGAAAAAACCCUGGAGCGAGUCGGGCUGGGCACUUGA